AUGCGAAACAUUGCCCGGAUGUUUUCUGAAACAAAAUUUAUUCUAAUUGCGGAUUAUGAGCACAUGUUUUCGGAUGGCUUUGAACAAGGAGUUCGGAAGGUAGCAGAAACGGUUUUAUCAGCCGAUCCCAAACAAUUGCUUGUUUAUAGAAUUUUUGAGGUUAAUGAGAAUGCGACUAGUGCUCCACAAAAUCGCACGGUUUUGAGUGAAAUGCUUAAUAGAAAGGAAGCAAUAGUUUUUCACUCGGCAUAUUAUAGUGGAGCCCAUGCUAUCGCGGGUCUGAAUGAGUGGCUGGUAGAAAAUCAGCUAGGCGGGAUUUCACAAAAACAAAUGAGCUAUAACCGUUAUAACUGGGAACCACAGUUUGUGUCGUUAGCAUCGAUACCGUUGCACGAUGAAUUGUUCCCAUAUCAGAUUCGCGACAACACUUGUUUGCGAUGGGAGCUUUGUCGAGCUGGAUACAAGUUUGCCCUGAUAUCCGAACAUUUCAUGUAUCACCACGGUAUUAAAAGGGCCGGCUCGGCUACCCAAAACUACGCGAAGCAAGUACAACGGAUCAAUGGAAAACGCUUUUGGCGAGCUCUUCAAGUGUUCAAACAGCGAAUGAACCGACUAUACCCCGAGACACAAUCAAGUUGCCCGACCCCAAAGGCA